CAGGAACCAUCUUGUCCGUUAGUAUAACUGAUCCAACGCCUCAAACUCCUUGUCUGAGGAGACGCUAGGCCCCCUUAACGACAGAGCCACCUACCCGUUCCUUCUCUCUCUUUAGCACGGAUCGGUAACCGUUAAAAAGCACAGCCCUUUCUUUUAGCUUUAGCUGACCUUCCUGUCUCCCAGGUUUUAUUAAUCCUGCUGUAUAUCCCUUACCAUGGCGGCGAGUGCGAAACGAAAACAAGAGGAGAAACACCUGAAGAUGCUGAGAGAAAUGACGAGUUUGCCUCCCAACAGAAAGUGCUUUGACUGCGACCAGCGCGGCCCAACAUAUGCCAACAUGACUGUGGGCUCCUUCGUAUGUACCUCCUGCUCUGGCAUUCUACGAGGACUGAAUCCCCCCCACAGAGUCAAGUCCAUCUCCAUGACAACCUUCACGCAACAGGAAAUCGAGUUUCUACAAAAACAUGGCAAUGAGGUAUGUAAACGGAUCUGGCUUGGCCUUUAUGAUGACAGAACCUCCUCAAUACCAGACUUCAGAGAACCACAGAAGGUCAAGGAGUUCCUUCAAGAGAAAUAUGAGAAGAAGAGAUGGUACGUUCCUCCUGAGCAGGCCAAGGUAGUGGCAUCUGUCCAUGCUUCCAUCUCUGGCUCCUCAAACAGCAGCACCAGCAGCACCCCAGAGGUUAGACCACUCAAAUCCCUGCUGGGAGAGUCGGCCCCCUCCCUACACCUCAACAAGAACACCCCACCUAACCAGUCUCCAGUGGUGAGCCGUGGACAAACCCAUCAGCAGCAGUUCCAUGAGAAGAGGUUCGACCUCCUCAGUGACUUGGGUGGAGACAUCUUUGCUGCCCCGGCCAACGUGAAUGCAGUCGCCAGCUCCAGUUUUGCUAACUUCGCACAUUUCAACAGCCACACAAACACCACCUCAGCAGCACAGAAUGCCAACGCAAAUGCAGACUUUGCUAAUUUUGAUGCAUUCGGGAGCACUUCUGGGUCAACAGGUGGUUUCCCCUCCGCAACCCUAGCCCCAUUCCACCCCUCAAAUACAGCAUUCACUGUGCUCUCAUCCAGCCGCAGUAUGGGUGAGUUUGCCACUGCUCUGCCCCUCCAGGUUGCACACAGUAGCGCCUCAGGGGGACUAGCAAAUGCCAAUUUUGCACAUUUUGACAACUUCCCCAAAUCGUGUAGUGCUGACUUUGGAUCCUUCAGUUCUUCCUCCCAGAGUAACUCCACAGGAGCUGGCAGAGAUGCUGUACAGAGUACUAGCCUCCCUGCCGAUAGAUACGCAGCCCUGGCUGACCUGGAAAACGUGCUUAGCUCUGCCAAAACAGAGCAAGGAGGUGGUAUUUCUGUUGGGGCGAGCUCAGCCGCAGCGGCAGGUGGCUUGCCUCAGAAGCAGCCAGCAAUGCCAGCAGGGGGGGACCGCUAUGCUGCUCUAGCUGAGCUUGAUACUGUCUUCGGCCCCUCAGUCCCUGCCACCAGUGUUUACAACACCACCAGCACCUCACAAAGUGGUAUGUUUGGCCCAGAGACUGGGGUGUCAACUUCACAGGCACAGCAAGCCCUGCCUGGUAUGGCUCAAAGUUUUGGAGCUCAGUCAACUAAUCCGUUUGUAGCUGCCCCAGCAGCAGUUCCCACCAACCCGUUCCAGAGCAAUGGCAGAACAGCAAAUAUGGCGACGGCGGCAGCAGCAGCAGCAGCAUCUUUUGGCACAGGCUCCAUGAGUAUGCCGGCUGGAUUUGGGAAUGUUGCAGCCUUCAACCUCCCCACCAGCUUUAGUGGAACCUUCCAGCAACCAUUUCCUGGCCAGGCUCCCUUCCCUCAGCCUCCUGUAUAUCCACAGCAACCCAACGGUGGAGGAUUUCCAGUCUAUGGCCAGGCCAAGCCUGUUGCAACUCCUUUCGGGCAGGCAAUGGCUGGACCUAUGGUCCCUAGCAACCCUUUCCUGGGUGCGGGUCCAUCCACACAUUAUCCAGCAGGAGGCUCUUCAACGAAUCCCUUCUUAUAGCGAUCCGUCCAAUCAGCUCCACUACAGGGUCAACAACUUCCACGCUUGCACUGUUUUGUUUCACAAGUAGCUUUAAACACACUGUUUGUAAGGAUUUGUAUUUUCUAAUGCAGUUUGUCACAAAUGGAACAAUGUGACAGACAGUCAUGCUGACACUGUCUAUGGCUACAAAACAAAGUGAUGGUGUGUGCAGAGGGAGAGGUUGAUCCCCUCUUCUCUAUUUAACCUGUGAACUGGCCUGGCCUCUACUGUACCACAAUGUAUAAUCAAACUGGCUGUAAACUAAGUUAUUGCAUACCGUAUAUCCCAUUCAUUAUGCUGCAAUUCUGUACAUAAUUUUCUUUUAGGAAAUUAGUGCUUUGUGCAUAUCAGUAUUUGUAUCUAAAGCAAGAUUAAGACAGAACUGUUGCUUGGAAAGUUAUGGGUACUGCCACUUACUGUAUUUGUAAAGAACCAAACUGUUUAUUUGGGCAGGAUCCUUUUUAGGUUAACUGUUCUACCUAAAGAAAACUAAAUACCUAGUCUGUUGGCGAGAGACAGAGGAGUGACUGCUGCAUCAGGGAUGGGAAGGGGACUCGUUUCUCUGCCAUCCCCCGUCCUGCUGACUGAAGCCCAGGUCACAAAGCUUCUGAACUAGUCAGUCCAUGAGUGGGUAACAGGAAUGGCUGUUGAGCUGAAAACCACAUACAUUUGGUAUUGGAGAAUUUUAAGUUAAUGUGUAAAUAUAUACAGUAUAUAUUAAAAUGAAUUUUAAGUAAGAAGAAA